UUGAAAAGCUUGAUCAUCUCUAAAACAUCUCACUUAGCACAGAAACAUGACAGAACAAGACAGUAACUCCGCGUUCAGUGAACUGAUCAAGAACAUCACGUGCUGGAGUGCCGAACUGAAGCAGCUCUACAGACAGGGAGCUGGGGAAGAAGGUGAUGACAGCUGUCAGAUGGGACUCCUUGAGAAACAAGCCUUACCUGUCGGGGAGGCUACUGCUACUUCACAGGGACUGCCUGCUGAUUCCAACACAGCGAUGCCCUGCAUUGCAAGCGUUCAGCUUGCAGCUGUACAGGGUGAACAGUGUUACUUCUUCAAGAGGCACCAGAAUAUGGAGAAAGGUGAUCUUCUGUCAGUCAAGCAGAAGCUGGAGGACAAGCAGUGUGCCUCAGACCUGAAACAGAAGCACCUGCAGGAGAUGCUCUCUGCAGCUCAGCAGGAACAGAGGAAGCUGAAGGAGGAAGUGCGCUGCCUGAAGAGCCAGCUCACAGACGAGAAGCUGGUCACCGAAAUUCUCACAGACUCCCUCAGAAUGGAACAGCAGAGGGCAGCAAAGUGCCGGGCUCACCUAAACACUGAGCGAGCCAGAGCAACAGCCCUGGAAGACGAGCUUGUCCUGGAAAGGAUAACGAACCAAAAACUGAGAGCUGAAGUGAAGGGUCAGGGUGCAGAGCAGCUCAAAGUCAGUCAGCAGGAAAUUGAACUGUCUAUAUCAGAAAGGGAUGACAAAAAGAAUGAGGUGAACCAGAACUGUGACCAGCCGCCAAAUGAGCAACAUCUGGAAUGCGGUAAUGGCCCCAAUACAGAACUGCAGCAAAUCACGGGGCAGCUCUCUGAAGUCUCCCAGGAUCUGGAGAAGGAGAGGGCUCUCGCAUCCGAGCUGAAGGAAGCCCUCGAUCAGGAGCGUCAGCAGUUCGCCAAGUUCGUGCGGGAGGUCAAGGAGGAGCUGGAGCCGGCCCAUGAGAAGAUCGUGGACAGUUACAGGGCCUACAUCCUGGAGCUGCAGGAGGAGCUGAAGAAGGAGAGGAGCCAGGCGGGGCAGCUGGUCCUCCAGCUGGAGCAGCUGGAAAGGAAAGGAGGCGUCACCGAGAUACGAGCGCCGGAGGCCCAGGGAGAGGAGCAGCCCUCUGAAGGGAUCUUGGGAGUCAAGCGGCUGGGCGAAAGUCCCGAACAAAGUGCCAAGACCGCCCAGGGAGACCAGAGGCGACCACAUCAGCAAGAGCUGCUGGGAGCAGGAGAAAGCAAUGUGAACACGAUCCCAGCUCAGGUGCAGCAGACAACACACAGUGGGGUUCUGGAGCAAACCAGCAGGCUUCUGGAAUGCGGCUGUGGCUGUUCCACAGAACUGGGGCAAAUUCAGGGACGGCUCUUUGAAGUCUCCCAGCACCUGGAGGAAGAGAGGUCUCUGACGGUGAAACUGAGCGAGGCCCUCCGGCGGAAGUGCCAGCAGUUCGAUCGGUUCACACAGGAGGUCAGAGACGAGAUAGGACCAGCCCAGGAGAGGAUUGUCAGCAGUUACAAAGCCUACAUCCUGGAGCUGCAGGAGGAGCUGAAGAAGGAGAGGAGCCGGGUGGGGCAGCUGGUCGUCCAGCAGGAGCAGCUGCAGAGGAGGGGGGGCCUCACGGAGCAGCAGCAGGAGUCGGCCGCCCAGGCCAGCAGGCAGGAGGCUUGGAAAGACAAUGAGUCCACUAACGGGAUCCAGCUCAGCCUGGAGAAAAUGAGAGCGGAGGUCCAGCACAUGGCUCAAGUGCUGGAACAAUGGCAGCUGGAAGCAAGACUGCAGGGCCGGUUACCUCAGCACAACUCCCCAGCCUUACAAAGCACAGACACUAAAAGGGCUGAGAUGGCUCAGGCAGACCAGAGGCAACCAUAUCAUGGGGGACUAAAGGAAACGGGACAAGGGAAAGCAACGAGGUUUCAAAUGCAGGAGCGCCAGUCAGUACAUGGCGAUUGUCAACUGCAAAAAAAGAAGCACGCAAAAUGGAAUAAUGACCCCAAUGCAGAUCUGCAGCAAAUCACAGGGCAGCUCUUUGAAGCCUCCCAGGAUCUGGGGAAGGAGAGGGCUCUCCAAUCCAAUCUGAAUGAAGCCCUCGAUCAGGAGCGUCAGCAGUUGGCCAAGGAGGAGGUGACCCAUGAGACGAUCAUAGACAGUUACAGAACCUUCAUCCUGGAGCUGCAGGAGGAGCUGAAGAAGGAGAGGAGCCGGGCGGGGCAGCUGGUCACCGAGAUACGAGUGCCGGAGGCCCGGUGCAACUGUCAGGAGGCACGAAGGCAAACUCUGGCUGCUGGCAAGAUCUGGGGCACCAGAGGUGAGCGAGGCAAAGCCCAGAGAGGGCCUCAAAACCUGGAGGAGGAGUGGGAGCAGCCAGCAGUCAGGCUGCCGGGUAAAACGAUUGAGCUCAUCACUCCAGUCUUACAGAGAGGGGAGACAGACAAAGGAGAACAGAAGCAUCCAUAUUACCAAGAAGCACAGGGAGCAGCUGAUCGGAAAGAGAUUAAAGCUCAGGUUUCGGUGGUUCAAGCUUCAUCAGUGACAGAUGGGGACCAAGUGACUAAGAUCACAAGUGAAGCCUGGCUUAAAGCUCUACCUGUUGAGGAGCGAUGAGGAAUCUGUCCUUGCACCGGAGCCCCAUGCUCCCGGACCAUGGACCUCCACCGAGGAAGCACAGAAAGACAAGCGCAAUGAAAAGUCACUGUGGGGGAAAAAAAAAAAAAAGCUGUGGUCGCUUGUCAGAUUCUGUCCGGCAUACGGGAACACAUUGCACAAGAGGUUUGUAAAUAUAUUAAGGAUUUCUUUACAAUAAAUUGUUUUUUACUAAA